AUGCGCCCACUCCGUUACCCAGGCGAGUGGCGCCUGGGUCUCAAUCCCCCUCAUGCCUCCCCAUGGUACACCUCUGAAGCCCCAUUGGGGAAAGAACCCCAACUAAGUCUGGAUGAAUUCCUUGCCCACCCUAUCAUGAAGGCUCUGAUUGGAUUGCAACCUUUUAAAACGGAAGAGAAAAGAGACAGUAUGGGCGGCGAGCAGCCCGCCCGGGCGCUUAUAAGGCGGGCGGCGAGGGGCGCCGCUGGGUGGGCUGAGCUGCGCGGCCGAGCGGCGGGGGCCGGACGGGGCCAGGCCGGGGAAGCGGCGCCUCCCGGGCGGGCCGAUGCGCGGGGCGGAGGGCGGCUUGGCCGGCGGGCCGGGGGCCUGAGGCGGGGGCGCCAUGACGGUGCCGCUGCUGAAGAUCGGCGCCGUGCUGAGCACCAUGGCCAUGGUCACCAACUGGAUGUCCCAGACGCUGCCCUCCCUGGUGGGGCUCAACGGCACCGCCGUCUCCCAGUCCGGCACCUCCGAGAGCAGCAUCCUCUGAAGAUGCCAGCCACGGAUGCAGAUGCCACAGAUGCAGGCGAAACAUCAGGAGAAAAUUAUACUGGGACACAGCCAUACAGCCCGGAAAUCCCAUAACACUCCAAAUGUUACAGUGACAAAUAUACACUGUAUGUGCAUACUGCUGUAAGAAACACCCAAUAAACAUUAACUUCAUGAAUGAAA